UAUUUAAACCGGACGAGAUCGCCGACGACGCCGCCCCUGGUGCUCCCCCCGCUGCUCUCGCACCGCUUCGUUGACUCCGGGCUCCACGGCGAGGAUGAGCGCCGCCGCCGGCAACUGCUCGGAUCCGGUCGCUCCCCCGGCGGCGAAGAAGGUGGAGCACCGGAUGGAGAUGUUCGGCGACGUGAGGAUCGACAACUACUACUGGCUCCGCGACGACUCCCGCUCCGAUCCCGACGUCCUCUCCCACCUCCAACGGGAGAACGCCUACGCCGAUUCGGCGAUGGCCGGGACCAAACAACUUGAAGACAAUCUUUUUGCUGAGAUAAGAGGACGUAUUAAGGAAGAUGACAUAUCUGCACCCACACGCAGAGGGCCUUACUACUAUUACAGUAGAUAUCUAGAGGGAAAGGAGUACAUCCAGCACUGUAGGCAGUUAAUUCCGGAUAGCGAGGCCCCUCCUUCUGUUUAUGAUAAGAUGCCAACUGGUCCUGAGAAAGUGACAACACAAUCAAAAAAGAAAUAUGUGAACAGCUUAAAAUCUCUGAUAAAUGAUACAGGGACCAAACAACUUGAAGACAAUCUUUUUGCUGAGAUAAGAGGACAUAUUAAGGAAGAUGACAUAUCUGCACCCACAUGCAGAGGGUCUUACUACUAUUAUGAUAGAUAUCUAGAGGGAAAGGAGUACAUUCAGCACUGUAGGCGGUUAAUACCGGAUAGCGAGGCCCCUCCUGUUUAUGAUAAGAUGCCAACUGGUCCUGAGGCUCCUCCUGAGCAGGUUAUCUUGGAUGAGAAUAUCAAGGCUCAAAAUCAUUCAUUCUAUCAUGUUGCUGCUUUUCAGGUUAAUCCAAGUAAUAAGUUGGUGGCAUAUGCAGAGGACACUAAGGGUGACGAGAAACAUACCGUUUAUGUAAUUGAUGCUGAUAAAGGAGCUACAGUAGGAAAACCUUUAAAAAAUGUGACAUCUUACCUGGAAUGGGCUGGUGAUGAUGCAUUAGUUUACAUCACAAUGGAUGAGAUCCUUCGCCCGGACAAGGUGUGGUUGCAUAGGUUGGGGACCGAACAAUCAGAUGACAUUUGCCUUUAUCAUGAGAAGGAUGAUAUCUUUUCUCUUGAUCUUGAAGUUUCUGAGAGCAAGAAGUUCUUGUUUGUUGCAUCUGAGAGCAAAAACACAACAUCUACUUUCUAUUUUAACGUUUCAAAGCCAGAAGAUGGUCUUCAGGUUCUGACUCCUCGCAUAUAUGGAGAGGAAACGCGCGUCAGCCAUCGGGGAAAUAAUUUUUUUAUUCGGAGGAGAAGUGACUUGUUUUACAAUUCGGAACUUUUGGCUUGCCCACUGGAUGAUGUGUCGAACACCACCGUUCUUAUCCCUCACAGGGAAAGUGUAAAAAUCACGGACAUGCAGCUUUUUGCUGAUCAUCUGGUUCUCUUUGAACGUGAAAACGGUUCACAAAAAGUUACUGUGUAUCGCCUUCCAGUUCUUGGGGAACCGCUGACACAGCUUCAAGGCGGUUGUUCUAUUGAUUUUGAUGAUCCAGUUUUUUCAGUGGAUCAAUCAGAGUCGCAGUUUUCGUCAAAUAUAUUAAGGUUCACUUAUAGCUCCAUGAGAACACCUCCUUCUGUUUAUGAUCAUGAUAUGGACACUGGCAUAUCUGUUGUGAAGAAAAUUGAAACAGUAUUAGGAGGUUUUGAUGAGUCAAAUUAUGUUAGCGAAAGAAAAUGGGCCACAGCUCCUGAUGGAACUCAGAUUCCAAUGUCAAUAGUCUACCGGAAGAAUAUGGUGAAACUCGAUGCAUCUGAUCCCUUGUUGCUUUAUGGAUAUGGUUCAUAUGAGAUUUGCAUUGAUCCGAGUUUCAAGGGAUCAAGGCUCUCAUUGUUGGAUCGGGGAUUCAUUUAUGUGAUUGCCCACAUUCGAGGGGGUGGAGAAAUGGGGAGGCCAUGGUAUGACAAUGGAAAAUUGUUGAAGAAGAAAAACACAUUCACAGAUUUUAUUGCUUGUGCUGAGUAUUUGAUAGAGAAAGGGUACUGUACAAAGGAAAAGCUGUGCAUUAAUGGGAGAAGCGCCGGGGGGCUCUUAAUGGGCGCUGUUCUGAACAUGAGACCAGAUUUGUUCAGGGCAGCAGUUGCUGGAGUACCUUUCCUGGAUGCUGUCACUACCAUGCUUGAUCCGACUAUACCUCUUACAACAUCAGAGUGGGAGGAAUGGGGUGACCCUCGGACAGAAGAGUACUACCACUACAUGAAGUCGUAUUCUCCAGUAGACAAUGUGAGGGCUCAAAACUAUCCACAUAUUCUUGUUACUGCUGGGUUAAACGAUUCACGAGUUUUAUACUCAGAACCUGCGAAGUUUGUUGCCAAAUUGAGGGAUCUAAAGACGGAUGAUAAUAUGCUAUUAUUCAAGUGUGAAAUGGGCGCCGGACAUUUUUCAAAGUCAGGGAGAUUCGAGAAGCUUCAAGAAGAAGCUUUCACGUACGCAUUUCUGCUGAAGGCUCUGAAUAUGAUUCCUACUCAUGUGUCUGCGUAGAUCUGAUGAGGUCAUCGCGUGCUACCUGGAACUACCUUUCCUCUGCAAUGUUGGCCGGAAAGAGCGCUUUGCGUUAUUCUGAAGGCUCGUCACCGAGCUCCAUGUCAAGAUUUUCUCUUGAAACUAUACAUCAUAAUUAUUUUCAGUGGAGAGGAUAAUUAGAGGAACCUACUUCGACCACUUUCAUUCGUUUCGAUGUGUUCGACUAGCUCUGCUAAAUCUCUUGCGAACACAAGAAUUCAGAUUCUGAAGAUUUUCAUUAUUAUCUUUGAUUAAUUCUUGAAAUAUUUAGAUGGUA